AAAAAAAAUUGUAAACAAACAUGAGUGUUUUGUUUGAAGAUGAUAGAGGAUAUUUUAUUUGUUGCAAAACUUACCUUAAUCAGAUUUAUGAAUCAUGCAUAGAUGAAAAUUCAGUAAAGAAAAAACUGAAGAUUCGAGAUGUAUAUUUUCAAAUAAAAACUCCGUAUCUUAUGAAUAGUGCAGCAAAACAGAAAUCUCUAUGUCUGCAGACAGAAGUAUCAUUGAAAACAGCUAAGAAGAAAUUUAAAGGAAAAAAAGAAGUAUGCAGUUUUUCAAAGAUUGAUUCUAUAAUUAAAGAAGUUACAAAUAGUCUAAUAGAAACUGCAUAUAAGUUACAUUUGUUGGACUGUUCUGAAAUAGAUGCUAGUGACUGGUUUGAGAACAACAGCAGAUCUCGUGAAGCAUCAAAAGAAAUACCUGAAAUGUGUUUCCAAGGAGACUUUAUUUAUCAUAAUUCAUGUAACAUUCCUGUUAUGAAAGUUUUGAGAAACAAUAAAUAUAUCCUUCCACCUAACUCAACUUUUCAUCUGUGUGAUAUCAGCAAUAUCUCCUGUCUCAAAGGAACACAGUAUGACCUUGUUGUGCUAGACCCACCUUGGGAAAAUAAAUCUGUUAAAAGAAAGAAAGGGUACCCUAUGUUAACCUGUGAGUCACUGCGAGAUUUACCUAUCGAAGAAUUUUUAAAUCCUGGGUGUCUUAUCAUAGUUUGGGUUACAAAUAAUGAGAAGCAAAUUAAUUUUGUUAAAGAUGAGUUAUUUGUACAGUGGAAAGUGGCAUCCUCUGCUAUUUGGCACUGGUCUAAAGUAACACAAAAAGGACAUUUUAUACAUCCCAUUAAUUCACAUCACAAAAAGCCAUAUGAAAAUAUACUGUUAGGAAGGGUAGCUUUUGAUGAAAGAAGCUGCAAUGCAUAUUCUUUUCCUGCCUUAAAGUCAAACAAAGUCAUUGUGAGUGUCCCUAGUAGCAUUCAUUCCCAUAAGCCUCCCUUAAUGGAAAUAUUAAAACCAUAUAUUCCUAAACAAUCAAAGUGUCUGGAAUUGUUUGCUCGUUAUUUACUGCCUGGAUGGACUAGUGUAGGAAAUGAGGUUUUGAAGCUUCAGCACAUAAAACUAUUUGAAGAACUAGAUUGAAAUUUGACUGUUUUAUUUAUAUCAGAGUGGUUUCGAAUAUCUUUGCAUACAUUUUUCUGGAAAUAUAAAUUAAUCAUAAAUUUAAAAUGCUAUAAAUUGGUUCAGAGUAGUUUUUUCCAGCUCAUGUUGUAUUAUUGAAAAUUAUUUUCGAAUAAUUAGUGUUUUGUAUGUAUUUUAAACUAUAUUAAAAAUGUAUUUUG